AACAGCUUCUGGAAACACCACGACUUUCAACGACCAAAGUAAUUAGUAAAGAGCUCUGAGAAGGCGUGCUCUACUAAUAAGAGAUAAAAUGUCCGCAUGGGUUCAGGAAUGUCCCAAUCUGCCCAGUGCUUGAGCUUGCCAAAUCAAGUCGCAACGGCAUAGCCACUUGCGGUUGGACACGUUCGUAACGGAGAUUUGCUCAUCUGGGACGGGUGCGCUCGGAGCAUCGCCUUGAGGAUGUCAAACACAAUCCCUCAUUAGAUCGACCCCCAGUGGAUCAGCGACAGGGUUGCUGCCCCAACCUCAAGGAACUUACGGACGGGAGAGUCCGACACAGCCGCGACAACCACUGGAAGGGACUCGCCGAGAACACACCAUCCUUCUACCACAACCUAUGGAUGGCACCACGCCCUCUUCAGGGCGGCAGAAAUUUGCAUCUAACGCACUAGCAUCCGUUGCAUCAUUCUCCAAGAAGCACCUCGUGCCUCCAACUCCUGGUUCUUCCUCCCUAUCUUCGACGCGUGCACCCCAACAUGAACGCAUGGCUAAUGGUGGCUACAUAUCGCGCGACCCUCGGCCUACCGGGACAGCCAACCCUGGCCACGACUCAACCCCCAUUCGUUUUGCGAACUUCAAGCGCCUCGUCAAGCACAACCCCGUACCGUGCCGCCACUUACAAACCCGCACCGCGCGAACAACAUACCUUAGCACUCCUGAGGAGGACCGAGGUCACUUUGCCCCAUCGCGUCAUGACGUGAAUCCUCCAACAAUACAGCAAAUCGCAUCUGGUGUUGCCACUCGUCCGAUAGGCUCCAAAACAAGCAGAAUAUCCACCUCCAACCAGCCAUCAUCAUCUACUGCAUCCAUUUCGUCCACUAACUCGUCAGCGGGGCCGUUGCCUCUCAAGUCUUCGAUGAAAAAAACGUCAAAGGGAACCCCGUCACUCUCCACAUCCAUCGCAUCAUCAUCUUCACAUUCCACUUCCCGCCCUUCACCAUUGUCUAUUGCAUCCAAGCCCUUCGGAGGCAUGCGUAAUUUAUUCCACUCGAAACAUUUCCCUGCAAAAACCCAGGAACUCAACGAAUUAUUCGUCAUUGACGAUGGUGGGAGUCUCAUUUCUGAGCAGUCCUCCGGUACAAAACGUGUUGUUGGUCGUGUAAGGUUCUCAGAUGACGAAGAUGAAACUGGGCAUGAGACUAUCACUAUGCGCGGACGGCGCAGGCAAGGGCUGCAGGACGGCCGUCAGGAUUCGGUCUCACCUACGAAUGGGCACGGGAAUGCGAAUGGUGUUGACAUCGAUUUACCCAGUGCCAAACUCAGCGGCUCGAGCUUAGGGCGAUCUGAAGUUUCUACCAGCCCUUCAAGUCCGGGAGUAUUGUCAGGAGCAAGAAAAAACAUGAUGAAAAUGUUUCAUCGAACGACUUCAAUACCCACCCCAUAAUUCAUGUUUUCAUUGGACUUUAUCCUCACGUUACCAUUCUAAGCUUAUUACUAACAUUUCAUUUGUCAGGGUGGGCACACCCUGACUAUUUUGUUACACUCCUCUGUUUGUUCCCGUCCAGUGUUAACGUUCUACCUGUGCACGAAUCUCCGACGUUGGUGUACGUUCUGUUUGUUCCUUAUUCCAAAGCAUGCAAAUUGUUUGAAAUACGCAACUGAUAGUUGAAUUUGGUCAACAGGCCACACGCUACUGACUAA